UAAAACGCUCUUCACAGCACUCUUUAGCUUCUGUUUAAGGCACUUUGUCUGAACAUCUAAAGUCGGAAACAUGGUUGAGUGGACAGAAUUUGAGAGGACCACCAUCCAGGACAUCUUCUCCAAGAUGAACUACGACGUCGUUGGUCAGCAAUCUCUGGCAAGAUGUCUUGUCGUUUACCCUUGGACCCAGCGGUACUUCGGCAACUUUGGAAACCUAUACAAUGCCGCUGCCAUCAUGGGAAACCCCAUGGUUGCUGCUCACGGUAGAGUCGUGCUGCAUGGCCUGGACAAAGCCGUGAAGAACAUGGACAACAUCAAAGCCGCCUAUGCUGAACUGAGUGUGCUGCACUCCGAGAAGCUCCACGUAGAUCCUGACAACUUCAGGCUUUUGGGUGACUGCCUGACCGUCGUUGUUGCUGCCCAACUGGGCGCUGCAUUCACCCCUGAGGUCCAGGCCGCUUUUCAGAAGUUCCUCGCCGUCGUGAUCUCCUCCCUUCAAAGACAGUACCACUAGAAACAAAACCUGCUCUGACUGUUACACAGAGGAUCAUCUGAUGCUUAAACAAACGAAUAUGUUCUUCUGAGUUGAAGCAAAUAAAUGUUUCAUUAUUCAAUAA